UUUCCUCCUUCUCUGCUUUUCUUUUAGGCUGCUUUUGAUUUCGCGGUCGAUAGGAAAGGGCACCGCGGACGCGUCUUUAGGACCUCAGCAGAACAGCUGGUCUCCGAGUUUCUUCCAGCUGAGGUCUCCACUGCUGGGCACUUCGCCACCACAGGCCGGAUGUGGUCCCGCUUGAUUCUAUUGCUGACAUUCGGGGAAGGAAGUCAGCGGACGAGCAGAGGCGGCUUCCGCCUGCAGUGAGCUGAAUCUUGUCCGAAUGUCGCCUACCUUUCUGGUUUCAUCUUGCUCCGCUAUUCCCACCCCACUCUGCAGUCUAGUCACACAGGCUUCUUUGUCGCUGGUGGGCUUCCUGUGAUUUCUGUGAUGAGAGAAACAGAAUCUCAAUUACUACCAGAUGUGGGGACUAUUGUAACCUGUAAGGUCUCUAGCAUCAAUUCACGCUUUGCCAAAGUGCACAUCCUAUAUGUGGGGUCCACACCACUUAAGAACUCUUUUCGAGGAACUAUCCGCAAGGAAGAUGUCCGAGCUACUGAAAAAGACAAGGUUGUUGGUUGAGAUUUAUAAGAGUUUUCGCCCCGGUGACAUUGUCUUGGCCAAAGUGAUCUCUCUGGGUGAUGCACAAUCAAACUACCUCCUGACCACUGCUGAGAAUGAACUUGGGGUGGUGGUGGCCCACAGUGAAUCGGGUGUCCAGAUGGUUCCCAUUAGCUGGUGUGAGAUGCAGUGCCCUAAGACCCACACUAAAGAAUUCCGGAAAGUGGCCAGAGUACAGCCUGAAUUCUUACAGACCUAAGCAGCUACAUUUUACCCCAUGGAGAGGGGUAAGCCGUUUCUAAGAGUAUAUACAUGUAUGAACCCAACAUCAAGAUGCCGUUGUCUUUAUUCAAACACCUGUGGUUGGCUAACAACCAGAAAAAUCUGCCAGCAACUUAUACUGUAGGUGGAACAUUUUUCUUAUGAACCUUUCAGUGGAUUUCAUUCUCGAGUGAUGAAUUUUUUUGGAGGCGCCAGCAGACAAACUGUAUAAUAUUGGAAGUAGCCCGAUCUUUCUGACAGUCUCACAGAUAUGUAUUUUUGCUGUGACAAAGAAAACGUUUUUACUAAAAGGA